AUGCCCAAGCCCUCUAUGCCGAGUUGCGAAUGGCGAUCCAAGGCUAGGUGCAGAGCUCGAGGACAUGGCCGCCCUACCAACCAGGCACUCUGGCUUCGCUCCGGGAUCUCCCUGGAGAGCCUCAUCCUCAUGGUGAUGAUCUUGAUUCAGGUGGGCUCUGGCGGCGUCCUGUUGCGUCCCGAGCCGGCCUGCGUCCUGCUGUUCCAGAAGGAUUUCGCUUGUGACAACCUGCCCAAGGCCACCGCCAAGGUGGGGAAGGCCAUGGGCAAGAUCAUGCACGCGAAGUUCGGCGAGUGCCCGGAGGUCCGCCGUUCAUCCCCAAAAGGCGGCCAACAUCCGAAUGUGCGCUGGAAGUGGCCCGAGGUGCCAAAGCCUCGUGUCAUCGUGGAGCUUGGGGGCAACCGUGGUGAAGACCUGCAGGCCUUCCUGACGCUUUACCCCCAUGCUCACAUCCACAGCUUCGAGCCAGUGAAAUCGCAUUACGACUACCUUUUGCAGAAGUUUUCUGCACCUAUCAGCGAGGGCCGUGUGAAGAUCUACAAUUUGGGCGCCUCCGAUGCGGAUGCCAAGGUGACUUUCCGAACGGACGGGGACAUCUCUGCAUCCUCCGCGUGCCCCGUCGCAGGGGCUUCCAUGCCGGCAAGGCGACCGAUCGACGUCUUCAGCGUGAACUGCGAGGGCUGCGAAUAUGCGGUCUUGGAGCGCCUCCGAGACACGGGCUGGUUCAGCAAGAUCAAGGUUCUGCAGGUCUCCUGGCACGUCUCAAGCUCGAUUCCCAGGAGAGUCGGCCGACGCUGUCGACUGGCGAAGGACUUGCCGGGCACACACUUUCGUCUGGCUCGGAUUGCAGACUUUGGUUGGACCAUCUUCGUGGCCCGGCCGCGCCCUUAUGCUUUGGAGGAGAGCUUCCGUGGCAACCAGACGCCAGCACAGAUUAGUCACAGCAAUGGUCUGCCCCAGGCCGCGGCUGGGAUCCACUGUCCCUCGGGGAGGUCUGCCGAGCGAGUGGGCGAGGACCCAGGUGUCACCAUUCACAGCGAUCCGGACGCCGCGCACUGGACGUAUCCGCAAACCAUGGACCAAGAGGCUGCGUUGCAGGUCUUCAAGGGACAGGCGCUGGCGCUCCCGGCUAAAGGUGUCAAGCCAGUCAUCUUCAAAGUUGGCCAGUCUUGGGGCGACACGUGGCUUGGUACCAUGGCUGCGAACCCCAGUGCCGUGAUCUACAGCUUCGAGCCUGUGCAGCACCUGAAGCUGCUACAGGACACCGGGGUCUGGGGCACCCAGCCCAGUGGACUUGACAACUGGAACGGCACUCUGGAGGACGUGGAGCUGCGCGAUGCUGAUGGCGUCUUCUCUGAGAUCCGGAGGGACCACGGUCGUUCCGCCGAUCUUCUGUACCUCAAUUGCGGGAUCCUUGGCGGCCCUGCACCGUUAACUUAG